UUUAAACUUAAAGUGGUAUCUAGUCUCAUUGAUCUAAAUUUAACAGCAGUGCUGUGUCUUAAAUUCACAGAUCCUAGUUAAAUUACACGUUUUAUAUAAAAUUUAAUUAUACUUUGGGUGAAUCAGAGACUACUUUUCUAUAUUGUCCUUUGAAUAACAUUUAUUUUGUCUAAUUAUACACGUGUCUAAUUACCUUUAUAUGUCUCAUAUUACAUAAUGCAUGUCUUAUGUCCUAUAUUAAUCCAGCAGAAAUAUUGUACUUACACAUUAAUUUUUAUAUGUAAAUGAAAUGUAAUAUAUAUAAAUUAAAAAACAUUGUUUCUAAACAUAUGUAUUCUUUUAUAUUCAUACAUGUAUUCACGUCCUAUCAAAUAGUAAUUAUGAGAAUUUGUUACAUUUAUUUAAGAUUAUUUUUUGAUCAAUUUUUAUAAUAAUUUAAAAAACAAAUAUUUCACAUUGUUUGCAUUACGUGUAAUACCUGAAGGAGCAAUAAAUGAAUAUUUAAAAAGCGAUCAAAAAGAAAUGAUAAAUCAAUGUAUGCCGUAUAUUUGAAAUAUAUUUAAUGAUAUCGUUAAUGGAAGUAUUUUCGAGCUGCAGUGUAAACAAUUCGUUUGACGAUGAUAAAAAAAUGAAUACUAGAGGCGGGGUGGGUUAUUGAUUUCUGUGUGGGUGCCAUGUUGGGAGGGAAUACCAUGGAGGGUGUCUCUUGGACAUACCAUACGCAGUAGUCUACAGAGAAUAUAAAUAGGAGGGGUAGUUGCACCAUUGACCCAGUGUUGAGUUGACAUACGGUCAGUUCAGUCACUCGGGCUCGACCGAUUUUACGCCUUUCGUGUUUUUUUAAUCUGUGUACGCGAACAAUUAUUAUUAACGAUCGCGGUAAAAAGAAAAUCACUUUUAAACACCAACGACCUGAUGCAAUCCAAAACACUGCCCUUUCUUACGUAUCCUCGAACCGUGCAACUUUACAUCCGGAUCAUCGGCAUGCACCUAGUGCUUUAACUCUUCUGCUGAACGUUUUUCUAAUAAAGUAAAGGCGAACAGAUAUUUGUGUGACAACUGCUUGUUCAAAGAUAUCGGCAGCAUUGAGGAAGUCCAAUGUGCAACGAUAAUCAGGCCUUAAUAGCUGUCAAUUUUUUUGAAGGAAGCCGAUUUUUGAUAACUUAAAUUUCGUACGGUUGAUCGACGUUUGAUCGCAAUAAAUAAAUACAACAGCCGUGCAAAAGCUUCUUCAAGAACGGUUCUCAGAUUCUCCUUUUAAUUGUGAUUUAAAGCAAUAUGUCAGAAACAGCGGGAAUAUCUCAAGGAAUAGGCAAUCCUUACAAAAUUGUCGAUCAUGCCAGAGAAAAACGGAAAGGAAUCACUGCUUCUUCCUUAAAGGAAUUAACGAGCAUCGCAAGAAAUCGCUUGUCUUUACCAUUGGAUGCAGAACUUACAAUUGUUUUGGAACAAGAUGGAACAGAAGUAGAUGAUGAGGAAUACUUUGCAACGCUGGAAAGAAAUACUAGUUUAAUGGUUUUGCAUGGAGAUCAAAAGUGGGUGGCAGCAGGAAGCAGUAAAGCUGCUUCUCGUUAUAUUGUUGUUGACGAUGUAGAUAAUGUGGAAGCUGGACAAAGAAGGGAUGAAGUCAGGCGGCGCAGACCACCGAUAGAGACAUUGGUCUCAUCGUUGCAUGGAGAUCCAUCUCGUAUAUCUUUGCUUGAUGGACAAAACUUAGAAUUACUAAGUGACAUGGAUCCGGAUAGUGUAGCUGACAUAGUGUCCGGCAAUAUAAUCUUCUUGGAACAAUUGAAAGAAGCUUCAGGCAGAUUUUUGGCUGAGAAACGACAAGCCCAGGGAUCCUUGGAUGUUCUUCAGAUGUGUGCAAGCGGUGGCGAGAUAGAGCGAGCGUAGGCCAUGUGGGGGGUGGGCGCCCUCACAUUGGCUAAUAUGUACCGUGUGCGACGUCGCAUAUUUUAUAAAGGUCGCCAACUGCAACAAACCUUGGUCCUUUUCUGGAAUUGAGCCCAUCACAUUUAUAGCGCAAGAGUUGACUGCGCUGUCUUCUUACCAUCGCAAUUAUAACAUUGUUCGCGAAAACUGGAUGUUCGCAUCGUUAAAACGAAAAAUCUCUGAGAUUUACUUUCAUGCAACAUUCCACGCAUUUGAAGGAUGCAACGAUGAGGAGAGACAUGUAAGAGUUAAUGAAUUCGUAUUAACGACGAGUGGUCGAAACGUUUGUUUCGAAAGUAUCGAAAAAUAUUUAUUAAAUAUGCGAACGUUUAUAUUUAUUAGCAAGAAAGAAGUACAUUGAAAGUUGACGCUUGUUCAGAUCAUGAGUUAAUACCGCCGAUAAGAGAUAGAUUUACUUUCUGUUAAUAGUAACUUGAUUUGUUGAUUUUUUAUUGAUUUUAUACAUGUUUAUAGUACAUUAAUAUACAUUUCGGAUGUUAUUUAUUUUGUAGAAUAUGACAUAAGGAAUUGCUUUAACGCAAAAUGAGGUCUUAAAUAACACACGCAUAGUUGGAGAAAUGCAAUUUAGUCAUUAAAUAAUCUGAAUGUACUACAUAAACAAAAGCUAUAUAGAAAUAUCAUGUCAAAGAAAACAUUCCGUCACGAUGUUGUCAUAUCAGUAUUAGCAGAAAGACGACACGUUUUGUUCAUGGACUUUUGUAUGUAGAUAUUUUACACCAAGGUUUAGUUCAACGAAGAUCGAUGAAAUGUUUAAGACUGAAUUUAUAGAGAAAGAAUGCAUCCCCAUUACAAUCACCAAUUCAUUGUACACUAAAUUUAGCAUGGUACAUAAUAGGAAAAAAAAAACAAUAUCAACUCUUUGAUACCAAAGUUGUGCAUUUGAUAAGAAAAACCGCAGAAAAAACGAAAGAAAAUGUACAGGUGUUUCUGAAAAGAUUAUGCAUACGCAAAGUAACGUAUAUAUUGAAAUAAAGUUUCUCAGUAUGUCUAUUACGAAGAUAAGAGGAAAUCAAUUUUCUAACAUUCUAAGAUAUUACUCCAAUUUACAUCGUCUAUGUAACGAUGUUUAUUGCGGGUCUUGAAAGAAGCAAGUUUAAACGCUUAUGUUCAUUCUUUACAGAAACACUUUAAACGGAACAUCGUGACAUUCUUUGAUAUAUACCAUAAUGUCUGUAUGCUAAAAAAUAAUGUUUACAUUUACUGUCAUUUGGAUAUUUAAAAUGCAACGAUCAGUAUAGACAAAUUAAUGAUUAAUAGCAUCCAAAUGUAUCAGUAAUUAUAAAUUUGUUCUGUAUGCCAAUUUCUAAUGAUCUUUCUUUGAAUGGAACGUCGAACAAGGUAAUAUUUUACUUAAAUUUUGAGAGGUAUUAGAAAACAGUUGAUAUAUUUAAUAGAACUGCCAAUUAAAGAAUACAAUUCAA